UGCUGGCCGCAGGCACACCCUCCAGCCAGGACCCUGAAGGGCCCCUCGUGCUACCGGACCCAGGCAAACAUCUCCAGGAACAGCCCAGGGAGCACUCCGAGGCAGGCAGAGCCAGCCUGCCACAGCAAGGACAUGGACUUCGUGGAUAAGACCCUGAGAGGACAGGACGGGGCCAGGGAAGGAGUUUGGACAGGGACAGGGGGAGCCCUGGCCCCCAGUACCUCCUCUCCCAUCCCCCCUGAGCCUGCAGGGGCCUCGGGCAGCAUCACCCCUGUCUACUGUGCCCUCUUGGCCUCCGUGGUCCUUGGUCUGCUUGCCUAUGUGGCCUUCAAGUGUUGGCGCUCACAUAAGCAAAGGCGGCAACUGGCCAAAGCUCGGACUGCAGAGCUGGGGGCCCUUGACCGGGACCAGCUGCAUGGGGACAGCAGUGUCUUCCUGGACUUGCCCAGUGGCCUGGAGCCCUGCACUCUGGAGGGGCCGCAUCCUGAGCUCAGCUGCCGACUGUACCUCCAUCUCCCUCGGCCGCAGCAGGAGGAAGUGGAGCAGCUCCUGGAGGGGGCCGAGCCCGACAGGGGCUGGCGGGGCCUGGCGGGUCGCCUAGGCUACCAGGCUGAGGCUGUGGAGACCAUGGCCCAGGGCCAGGUGCCAGCCUCUACCCUGCUGAGCGACUGGGCCACCCACAGAGGCAGUGGGGCCACCCUCAGGGUGCUAGUGGAGGCCCUGACUGCCAUGGGCAGGGAAGACGUGGCCCGGGCCCUGGUCUCCCCCGCUGAGGUCCACUCUGUGGUGUGAGUGGUGUCCGUCCUGGCCCCCUGGUGCUCCCCACCAUCCCACCUCCUCAGCUGCCUCCCCCUCAGCCCACUGUUCGGGGACACAGAUCCCAGCACCACUCCCUUGGCCUCUGCUCCGGACAGGGCCUAGGAUCUGGGGGGCUGGCGCUGAGGAACAGCCCUGCCCUGGACCCCCACUCCCCGCCCCUUACUUGGCCUCAGCUGCCAUUGCUACUCUUGGAUCCCAUAUUAAAGGGCACUUUGGACCUUUGCGCUGGCUCUGCCUGGUUCCUUGGGCCUGCAAGGAGUGAGUGUCUGUGUCACGCCCCCUCCGAGCUGCACUGGGAAGGCGGGCAGCGUGCUCCGUGGAGGUGAACGAGCUUGGGGGCACAGGCGGAAGUUGAUGUCCCAUGCCUGUCACUCACUGGUACGUGCUGGGGAGCUCGGCUGCCUCUGUGGUCCAGCUUCCUUAGCUGAGAAUGGUACAUAAAAUGGCACCUUCAAAAGGUCGGAGCCGAGGGCUGUGGGCUUGAGACCACCUUCCAACUUCGCCGUGAUCAGCAUCGAGGGAAAGCUGGGGUCCUGCUCCUCUCGACAGCAGGCAGGAGGCAGACUGUCCUGGGAAGCCGUUUACCCAGGGCCUCAGAUUGCCUC